UGUAUAGAUGAGAACCUGGAUAUGGUGAAGUUCCUUGUAGAAAAUGGAGCCAAUGUGAACCAGCAAGAUAACGAGGGCUGGACCCCUCUUCAUGCAGUGGCAUCGUGUGGCUAUCUGAACAUAGCAGAGUACUUAAUUAGUCAUGGAGCCAACGUGGCUGCUGUGAACAGUGAAGGUGAAGUCCCGUCUGACAUCGCAGAGGAAGCAGCCAUGAAGGACCUGCUUCUGGAGCAAGUAAAGAAACAAGGUGUAGACCUAGACCUGGCAAGAAAAGAAGAGGAGCAGCAAAUGCUACAAGAUGCCCGACAGUGGCUGAACAGCGGGAGAAUUGAAGAUAUAAAGCAGCCUCGAACAGGUGCCACGGCUCUUCAUGUUGCUGCGGCAAAGGGCUAUUCUGAAGUCAUGAGGCUCUUGAUCCAGGCUGGGUUUAACUUGAACGUCCAGGACAAUGACGGCUGGACUCCGCUCCAUGCUGCUGCGCACUGGGGAGUGAAGGAGGCUUGCUCCAUCCUGGCUGAGGCUCUGUGCGAUAUGGACAUCAGGAACAAGCUGGGCCAGACACCAUUCGACGUGGCUGAUGAGGGACUAGUCGAGCAUUUAGAAAUGCUGCAGAAGAAACAGACUGUGUUGCGAAGUGAGAAGGAGACGAGGAAUAAGCUAAUUGAAGCCGACAUGAAUGGCAAGCCUCAAAGCGGACUCUUCACCAACAAGGAGAAGAUUCUUUAUGAGGAAGACACGCUGAAGUCCAUGGAAAUGGAGGAAGAGAACAAGGACUCUAGCAGUUCUAGUUCUGAAGAAGAGGAAGAAGCUGAAGAAGAUGAAGUUUCAGAAUCAGAUGCUGAAAAGGAGUCAGAAAGGAAGGAAGAGCCCUUUGCCAACCACUCCAGCCAUGAAACCAGGCCUAGCAUCACUGAGCAAAUACCACCACCCGAGCCCAACUCCUUCACUGCAUCUACCAGAAGAUUCAGUUGGCUCAGCAAGGCAGACGAGCAGAAGGAUGAGUCACCUUCAUCGUGGCGGCUGGGACUACGGAAGACAGGCAGUCACAACAUGUUGAGUGAAGUCGCUGCUACUCGUGAGGGGCAGAGAGAUAAGACUUCUAUCUAUCGUUCUUCAUCAAGUCCUCGGAUAUCUGCGUUAUUAGACAACAAAGAAAAGGAUAAAGACAACAAGAACUAUCUUGCCACAAUAGCGCCCAGAAGACUAAGCAGUACGAGUGAUAUAGAAGAAAAAGAAAACAGAGAAUCAGCUGUUAACCUGGUGCGGAGCGGCUCCUACACCCGGCAGCCGUGGAGGGAUGAAUCAAAGGGAAACGAAGCUCCCCAUUCGGGUGCGCCUACUACCUACGUAUCUACUUACUUGAAAAGUGCUUCAUUUGGUAGAAGUAGUGACCUCAGCAGUCCCUACAUUUCAGCCAGUCGCAAUACAUCUCUAGCUACCUCACCCACUACCAUUGGUUCAUCUACCUCACUGGGCACCCCGUGGCAACCUGUCUCUUCCUGUCCCACAUCUCUCGGUGCGAACACUACUGCAUCAGCCCGCCAGUAUACCAGAGCCCCUUUCAGGCAACAAACUGAUUCUGCUGUAGAGAAAAAUACAGAGGGCAUCUCUGCUAGCACCCCCCUAGGUGUAAUCACAAAUCGUGCUAUACUCGGCUCUGCUAAUGGUAUUGCGAAUGCUGGUGCCGCCUCAACUACAGGAAAGGACUUCUCAGCUGAGGAAGCCAGGGAGCGCAGAAG